UUAAAAGAUGUACCUGUCUUCUCCACACUGACACUGAUUCAUUUAAAGCAGGUCCACUUUGGGCAUCUUGCAGUUUGAAAGUUGCAGGAAUUAAAAAAUAUACACACACAUAUUUUAGUCUUGGUUACAUUGCUUUGACUGGAAAGAGUUAUUAGUUCUGUUAGAGGGGGAGGAGGAAUCUGGGAGGUGGGAUUCCUUUCAAUCUGCCGGAAAUAGCGGAGUUAUGAAAUCAAAGCGUGGUGGUGACAGAGGAACAGUGUGAGAGAAACCCCCCCAUACACACAGACUUACAGAGCUAACAGCAGCUGGAACUCCACACCAGUCCACACUGAAAGCAAAAAGAUUUUUAAAAAGGAGUCACCUCGACUGGUUCCUCAUCAGUUGGUCUGGAGAUUCUCGCUCGGAGGGAGCAGUAACGGUACUAAUCUAAAGCCAGGCUCCGGAUUGUACAGAGAACCACAGCAACUUCCACUCGGAUAUGGGCUGGACAGUUCAGCUUGUGUUGGGGGUCGCCCUGGUCUCCACCAUCUCAGCUCUCAACACUGGCAAAUCAUCACAAAAUCAAGUGCGUCCCAGAACCUUUGCAGCUGUUUGGACUCAUAAACCUUUGGAAGUUUUUGAUCUUGAUGGAAAAAUUGAAGGCGAAGGUUCAGGCCUGUAUGAUGGAAGUGGAUUCACUGAUGGAUCUGGAUUUGGAUCACAUGAAAAUAAACCCACCAUCCCUGUCAAAAUCCAUGAAGAACACCACAUGCAACAUGUAGCCAUCUCAAAUACAGCAGAACAAUACUUAACUAGUCAAUGGAUGACUGCAUUUAUUCCUUCAGUUUACACCAUUGUUUUUGCAUUGGGAUUGCUUCUCAACUGUAUGGCAAUCUUAAUGAUUCAUUUCAGGAUGAAAUGUAAAAAGCCGGCUGUAAUUUACAUGAUGAAUUUGGCAGCAGCAGAUCUGUUAUUUCUGCUGAUGCUGCCUCUAAAAAUUGCUUACCAUUUUUCUGGCAAUAACUGGGGAUUUGGCUCUUUCCUCUGCCGAUUGGUUACUGGUGGAUUUUAUGCGUAUAUGUACUGUUCAGUGCUGCUGAUGAUGUGCAUAAGUAUUGACCGAUUUCUCGCUGUAGUCUAUCCAAUACGAUCUGCUACCUGGAGGACCCGGGGGCGUACAGUUGUAAUUUGCCUUGUGAUGUGGCUUGUAGCUAUUGGUGGUGUCCUCCCUCUUUUCCUUACUGAGCAAACAGUGUAUGUCACUGAGCUGGGCAUUACAACCUGCCAUGAUGUGCUACCCCUCUCCACCUUACAGAGCUACUCUGUCUACUAUUUUCCCACUUUGUGUUUUCUGCUGUUUGUAAUUCCCCUGCUUGUGACUUCAGUCUGCUAUAUAUGUAUUAUCUCAACCCUUCAUUCAGCAAAUGUUGCAAGCAAGUGCAAGAAAACACGUGCUAUCUGUUUGGCUGUGAUUGUGCUUUCUGUCUUUAUUGUCUGUUUUGCACCAUCUAACAUUAUUUUGCUUAUACACUAUCUUCAUUUUUAUUAUGCACCAAGUGAUGCUCUCUAUUUUGCUUACAUGCUGUGUGUGUGCAUUGGCAGUGUUAGCUGCUGCCUUGAUCCUUUGAUUUAUUAUUAUGGCUCAUCUCUGUUCCAAAUGCAUUUUCAGAAUCUUUUGUGCUCUAGGUAUGUCACUGAAUCUGAGAAUAGUGAAACAGAUUCUAAGAGCUGUAAAACAGGAACCUCCAGUUUCAAUGAUACUUCCUACAAAAAAUUAAUAGCCUAAAUUGAUUUUUUUUGUCUUUUUUUUAUUUUAGACAUGUACAAUUCACUGCAAUUUGGCCUUAUUAUGUGACAGUAUCUUCUAACUUUGUGACUUCAUUGGAUCCCAUUUCUCGAUGUCAUUUUUUUCUAUUGGACAUUUAAUUAAGAGCUUUUUUUUCCAGUUAUAUUUCACAUUGUAUAUUUUCUCUGUCAAAUAGUUUGAGAACUUAUUUGUUGCUGGAAUUCCAUUACAGUUCGGUGUAAUUGAUUGAUAAACACCUUAAUCCUCGAGUUUCUCUGCAUUGCAAAAAUAAUCAAUGGGAUUAAAAUAAACAGUCGCUAUUCUUAGCUUGUUGAAUUAUUCUUUUCGGUUUAAUAUUGCUGGGUAAUCUUUAGUUAUAUUCUUGUUUCCCAUCUGGGUGAUACGUUUUACAAAAAACCCCUCUGAUCAAAAUAAAAUUGCUACCAGGAUUUGUCUGUGGUAAGGAUGGCGAACUGUUAGUAUUCACCAUCAUCAUUCCACUGAAACUGACAACAACUUUGCGAGUUUCGACACCAGAAGAACAGGCUGGAAACAAGAUGUCCUGUCCUUGAGUCUUUACUUCUCCACAGGAUGAGCUAGAGGCCCCAACAAACAUAAGAUCUCUCUAACCAUGUCAGUCUUGCCAAAACUAAAACCCAGGAAAGUUGCAUCAUGUUGAAUGAAGUGCUACUGAGUUUUUAGCAGUGUAACAAUUUCUAGUUAUUGUUAAACACUCUGGCUAGCUCUGAAAAGCUAAUUCUAUGUUUGUGGAAUAGUUAAAAAUUCCACAUAUUUUUAUAAGCAUUAAAAAAGUGAAAGUUUGAUUAUUUUUACUUCUAUUAUAAUAGUCAUGCAAUUGUUUCACAUACAUUAAGAGAUGACAUUUAAAGUUCAUUUUCAGUGCUUUCAGCUUCCUGAUUUGCUGGUUGUGAACACAACAAAAUUAUUUGAUUGCCUUCGUACAUGAUGUCUUCAUGACUGCUGAAUGCCAAGAGAUCUCCUUAGUUUUGUAUGAGAUUUAAACUCUCGUGGGUUAAAAGGAAAUUCCCACUUCUAAGAUUAUUUUAUCUUUGUGGGCAGUUUUCUUUAGGGUCAGCAGUGAACACCCUUACUUCUCUGCUGCACAAGAUUCAGGGUAGUACUGUACUUGUUCAUCCAGUAUCUCAAAAAGCUACCAAAACAGUAUAAUGAAAAAACCAGUGACAGAAUCAAACUUAAUCUGUCCCUCAGACAUAAAUGAACUUGUAAUUCUAACAUCUUUUUUGAUUGCUUAGCUUGUUAAAAACAUUAUUUUAGCUCCCAUUGUAUCUGCCAACAUUUCAAAAAUAAGUACAGUGAACUUAAUAUUUGGAUAAUUUAAUUAAGUAGAAGGAAAAACAAGCUCCACAUUAAAUUUGGCAUCAAAAUGAAAAUAGUGGCUUAUAAUUCAGUAAAUGUAGUUCUCUGAUAUUAACCAUUUAUCUUGUUGGAAAUAUAAAAGCCAAUUGUAUGGAUGUGAAUUGUGGAAUUGUGCAUUUAUUCUCUUAUUUGUUUCAGAUGUUUAUGACCAAGUGGUAACUACAUUUCAGAAAGUAAUUAAUUAGCUGCAAAGCACUGAGGUUAUGAAAAGCACUAUGUAAAUGUAGAUUUUUUGUGUGUUACAAGAUAUUUGGUCCUUUUUAUUAUUGCCAGAGUUGGCCCUUUCAAUAUGUAAAAAUAUAAAGUGUAAUUUUAAGUUCUUUAAAGGUAAUAUUUACAUAAUCAUACUCAAUGAGAUGAAUCUGUGAAUAUUCAUUAAUUUUACAACUGUUAUUUACAGAAGCUCUUCAACCAAAUAGUGAGUAGUAAUGAUUAGAAAUGUUACAAUACUAUUACUCUCCAGUCCAGAUCAAGCACCCAUUCUAUCAAUCUGUUACAAAAAUGGGUUCAAGCUAAUUUGUGCAUUAAUAUGAAAUAACUUUCUAGUUGAAAAGACUAUAUGUUAUUGAAUGCUACUAGUAAUGUGAGAGAAAGAAUCUUCCUGAAAUGUGUAUGUUUGUAUAUAAUGUUACAACAUUGUUCUCUAUUUUUAUGUAUUACUGCAGAAUAAUAAAGUUUCAUUUAUUAGA